GCUUCUACACACCUUCCUCAUGUCUUCAUCAAUUUCACCCCAUUACCAACUAUAUGAACUGGACUGACGCCCAGAGUUACUGCAGAGCACAGUACACUGACCUGGCCACAGUAGAUGACAUGGUGGACCUGAACAGGCUGAUUACUACUGUCAAUUAUUAUGAUGACUGGCAUUGGAUUGGACUGAAUAAAGGAGACUCCAUGAAGUGGCAGUGGUCUCUGGCAGACAGACGUUUCUACAGAGAGGGACAGACUGAGUUCAGAAACUGGGACACUGGGACGCCCCAAAAUGGCAACUGUGCUUUUAUGAGUACAGCUGGGUUGUGGAACAACACCUCCUGUGAUGACCAGCAUCACUUCAUCUGUUAUGAUGGUGAGUGUUUACAUACUAACGAUGAAGCCUGUUCUAAGUGCCAGGGCUGUCAUUGAGUUGAAACAUAGACUCAUGAUGGCUUUAAGUUGUUAAUCAGUUAUUUAUCUGUUAUCACAUCAAUGAGAACAUGUACUAUAGAUGAUCAGUAGAUUAUAUUUCAUUGGAUUUUUGUAUUGGUUAUUACAUUUGACUUUUACAGGAAAACAAGACACCAACCUAACAUACGUCUUAAUUCAGGAGAACAAGACCUGGAUAUAUGCUCAGAGUUACUGCAGACAGUAUCACACAGACCUGGUUAGUGUGAGGAACCAGAAAGAGAACACAGAGAUAGAGCAGAAGAUAUCACUGAGGGGACUGCCUGUGUGGAUCGGCCUGUUUCAAGACUCCUGGAGAUGGUCUGACCAGAGUAACUCCUCAUUCAGGAACUGGCAUCAACGAAGGUCUUCAAUAGAUCAGAGUUUAAAUGAAUUCAACUGCACUCUGGUGGAUUUAUAUCCUUAUUAUUAUUAUUAUACUAAAUGGAUAAAUCAUCCCUGUGACCUCUCCUAUCCUUUCAUCUGCUAUGGUAAGUUACCAUAUUCUCCACCUGAUCUACCUGAUAUUAUGAUGACAGGAGAACUCUAGUGUUGCCCCCAUGAUUCACUACUGUCACUGUGAGAUUGUAUUCUCUUCUAGGCCCAGCUGUGGAGACCCCUGAGAAACCUCAACUGAAUAGACAGGUGGUGAGGAGUGAGAUGAACCCCCAAAGGAUCCAAAUC